AAUGGCUAAUGCAUUUGCCCAGAAGCACCUGAGGUCUAUAAUCCUGAAUCAUGUGAUCAGAGGAAACCGCCCGAUUAAAACAGAAAUGGCGCAUCAGCUGUACGUGCUACAGGUCCUGACCUUUAAUCUCCUGGAAGAGAGGAUGAUGACCAAGAUGGAUCCUAAUGAUCAGGCGCAGAGAGACAUCAUAUUUGAGUUGAGAAGAAUUGCAUUUGAUGCAGAGUCUGACAGUAACACCAUCCCUGGCAGUGGAACAGAAAAACGCAAAGCCAUGUACACCAAGGACUACAAGAUGCUGGGAUUCACUAAUCACAUCAAUCCAGCCAUGGAUUUUACUCAGACUCCUCCAGGGAUGCUGGCAUUGGACAACAUGCUCUACUUGGCCAAAUUUCAUCAGGACACCUAUAUCAGGAUUGUUUUGGAGAACAGUAGUCGAGAAGAUAAGCAUGAGUGUCCCUUUGGGCGCAGUGCCAUUGAGCUUACCAGGAUGCUUUGUGAGAUCCUGCAAGUUGGGGAACUCCCCAAUGAAGGCCGGAAUGACUAUCACCCCAUGUUUUUCACCCAUGACCGUGCAUUUGAGGAGCUGUUUGCCAUCUGCAUACAGCUGUUGAACAAGACCUGGAAAGAAAUGAGGGCAACAGCAGAAGAUUUUAAUAAGGUUAUGCAGGUUGUGAGGGAACAGAUCACACGGGCUCUGCCCUCUAAACCAAACUCCUUGGACCAGUUCAAGAGCAAACUGCGCAGCCUGAGCUAUUCUGAGAUUCUGCGACUACGCCAGUCUGAGAGAAUGAGCCAAGAUGACUUCCAGUCACCACCUAUUGUGGAGCUGAGAGAGAAAAUCCAACCUGAGAUCUUGGAGUUGAUAAAGCAACAGCGCCUGAACAGACUUUGUGAGGGAAGUAGCUUUCGAAAAAUUGGAAAUCGCAGAAGACAAGAAAGAUUUUGGUAUUGUCGCCUGGCUCUGAAUCACAAGGUACUACACUAUGGAGAUCUGGAAGAUAAUGCCCAGGGGGAAGUGACCUUUGAAUCUCUGCAGGAAAAAAUUCCAGUGGCAGACAUCAAAGCCAUCGUAACAGGGAAGGAUUGUCCGCACAUGAAGGAGAAAAGUGCACUGAAACAGAACAAGGAAGUGUUAGAAUUGGCCUUCUCGAUAUUAUACGAUCCUGAUGAGACCUUGAACUUCAUUGCACCUAAUAAAUAUGAGUACUGUAUCUGGAUUGAUGGGCUCAAUGCUCUCUUGGGCAAGGACAUGUCCAGUGAGCUGACUAAAAGUGACCUGGACACAUUGCUGAGCAUGGAAAUGAAGCUGAGACUCCUGGACUUGGAGAACAUCCAGAUUCCCGAAGCGCCGCCGCCCAUCCCCAAG